CAUAAGAGUCAGGGGUGUGGCCUGUGAGCACCUUUUCAUCGACUGCAACCUAAAACAAACUUGCAGCAUAAUUUCCUUUUAACCACGCGCUGAAUUUGGAGAAAGCAGGAAUUGAACGCAGCCUUGCAGGGUGUGAUGGUGUGCUGGUUUCCUUGACGACGCACGGAGAUGUCGGGUGACACCACCACCCUGGCAUGGAAGUUGCCCAGCCCCACUGCCAAGGAGAAGCCUGAUGAUAGCUCUGGGGCCCCCCCUGUUGGAGAAGGGGGGUCGCCGAAGAUCCUCAAAGUCUGUUUCAUCAGUAACAGUUCCAACCUGGGCAAGAACUUCAAACUGGUCAAGUGUGACAGUUCAUGGGAAAUCAGGGGCAUCAUCCAGUCCAUCCUGACGAGUGGGCGGCUGGGUCCAAACAUCAAGUACCCAGGAUGCUAUGGGCUGCUGCUGAAGCAUCUGAAGUCGGAUGAGCUUCACUGGCUGCACCCGGACCUGACGGUCGGGGAGGUGGAGCAGAAAUAUGAGAAGCAGCACCUGGAAGCGGAGUGGAGAUACGAUCUACGGAUUCGAUAUAUUCCAGAAAAUUACUUGGAGAAAUUCAAAGAUGACAAGACCACUUUAUUGUAUUUCUAUCAGCAGGUUCGGAGUGACUAUAUGCACCAUCACGCAUCCAAAGUGAGCGAUGGGAUGGCCCUGCAGCUGGGGUGUCUGGAAAUAAGACGGUUUUAUAAAGAUAUGAAUGCCAAGGGACUGGAGAAGAAGUCCAAUUUGGACCUGUUGGAGAAGGAUGUUGGUUUAGAUUUGUUUUUUCCACGAGAGCUAAUUGAUAGCAUGAAGCCCAAGCAGCUGAGGAAGAUGAUCCAGCAGACGUUCCAGCAGUAUGCGACGCUCAAGGAGGAAGACUGCAUGAUGAAGUUCUUUGAGACAUUUGGAGACUUUUCCAGUUUUGAUGAUGAGGUGUUUUCCUGUGAGCUAGUGCAAGGCUGGAGCCUGGCAGUGGAGCUUGUCGUCGGGCCCAAGGGCAUCCGGCAGCGCACUCAGAAGUACAGCGCGCCUAUCUACUUAGCAGCCUUCAAACAGGUUAGAAGUAUGAAAUGUUCUGUGCAGGAGAACAACAAAGGUCUGUUACACCUGGAUAUAGAAGGAGUAAAGCAGCCGCUGUCCAUCAACACAAAUACACUGGCCGUGGCAGAAAACAUGGCUGACCUGAUAGACGGCUACUGUCGCUUGAUGACCGGCUCGGAUAUUUCCUUAAUUGUCAAGCUGAAGAAAGACAGGAAAUCAAAACUUGCUCUCCCUGAAAUUCCAAAGAACAAUGAGAGGAAGGAGUCCAGCAGUUCAUUCAGGGGCAGCUUCGAGUCGGACAUUUAUGCCGAAAUACCGGACGAAAGGCCUAAGUCUGUGGUAAAAUAUGGACUGGCAAGAGAAGCCAUUGUUCUGGGCCGAAUCCUAGGCGAGGGUUUCUUCGGGGAAGUUCACGAGGGAGUUUACAAAAAGUCGACGGGGGAGAGGAUCACCGUGGCGAUAAAGACCUGCAAGGACUGUUCCCCCGACGUCAGGGAAAAGUUUAUGAGCGAGGCUGUGAUCAUGAAGAAGCUGGACCACCCACACAUCGUUAGUCUGAUUGGCAUCAUAGAAGAAGAUCCUGUGUGGAUUGUCAUGGAGCUGUACAAGUAUGGAGAGCUGGGAAACUACCUGAUAGAAAACCAUCACACGCUGACCAACGUCACCUUGGCGCUCUACAUCUUGCAGAUAGGCAAAGCUCUUGCGUAUCUGGAGGGGAUCAACAUGGUUCACAGAGAUAUUGCCGUCAGGAACGUGCUGGUGGCUGCGGCGGAAUGUGUGAAACUGGGAGACUUCGGGCUCUCCAGGUACAUCGAGGAAGAAGAAUAUUACAAAGCUUCUGUUACGCGGCUCCCGAUCAAGUGGAUGGCCCCGGAGUCCAUAAACUUCCGGCGCUUCACCUCGGCGAGUGAUGUUUGGAUGUUUGCCGUGUGCAUGUGGGAGAUCAUGAGCCGAGGCCAGCAGCCCUUCUUCUGGCUCGAGAACAAGGAUGUGAUCAAUCACCUGGAGCAGGGGGUCCGCCUGCCCAAGCCUGAAGAGUGCCCCCCCACUCUCUACAGCCUCAUGACCCGCUGCUGGACUUAUGACCCCAAGGAGAGGCCCACCUUCAAGGAGUUAGUGUGCAAACUGAGUGAUGUGCACAAGAUGGAGAAAGAGCAGGAGGCGGAGCAGAGGAUGCGCCCCACCAGGACCUUAGACCCCAGGAUUCCCUUAAAUGACCCUCCCCCCAAGCCCUCGAGGAUGAAGCCCCCACGCUUUGGAAACACCCUUGGCGUAGGCCUACAAAUCCAGCUGCCCGAGUCGCUGUGUGCCAGCUCUCCUGCCAUCGCUAGCCCUUGUGACUACCAGUCGCCCUUCGACUCCAGCCACUUGCUGCCGCUGCCUAAGUCGGCCCCUCGCCGCUGCAGUGUGGGGGAGGGAGAUCUGAUCAUAGAGCCGAGCAGCAUGGAGGACGCACAGCGCAUCUGGGAGAUGGAGCGGCAGCGCCUGCAGGAGACGCUGAAGAGGCAGAAGCAGGAGAUGAUGGAGGACAAGAAGUGGCUGGAGAAGGAGAAGAAGCUGCUGGACCCCAUGAUGCCAGAUGACCUGCCCACUCCAGUGACUCCUGAACGGGAAUCGGGAUAUGCUGAUUUCACCGCCCCCCCAGAGAAGCCCCCAAGACUGAGCACAAAGCCGGCCCCCACUGCAGAGAUGGACCGCUCCAACGACCAGGUGUACCACUUCAUUAUGGAGCUGGUGAAGAUGGUGGUGCAGCUGAAGAACGAUGUCAACAUGCUACAGCCGUCUGAGUAUGUUGGUGUGGUCAAGUCGGUCGGCCUGACCCUGCGGAGCCUCAUUAACAGUGUGGACCAAGUCCUCCCGACUCUCCAUGAUUCCAUCAGGACUGAGAUCGAAGGCACUCAGAAGCUGCUGAACAAAGACAUGGCGGAGCUGAUCAGCAAGAUGCGUCUGGCGCAGCAGAACGCCGUCACCUCCCUGAAAGAGGAGUGCAAGAAGCAGAUGCUGGCCGCCGCCCACACGCUGGCCAUGGAUGCCAAGAACCUGCUGGACGCGGUGGACCAGGCCCGCGUGCGCGCCAACGUGGCCAGACCUAAGCCGGAGGACCCGUAGGCGGCACGGGCCGAGGGGCCAAAGUGCCCAGUGACAGUGACAUGCUGGCUGCCAUUGCCUGUUGGGCACAGGAACUGAAGGGAGACGGUCAUCUCCCUCACAACUAACAUUCCGGUUGCUUUAAUAGGUUUUUAUGGUACAGCUGUUUUUAAUAAGGACUCGGAGAUACAUGCUGUCUCUCUCACCCACACACACACGAACACACACGCGCGCAAAGUUGCAAAUAAACCAAAUGGAGCGGAUGUGCCAAUUAAACAGAUUAAAUAAACUGACAGUAUUGUACCAUCUGUGCAAAACAAAGACUUAAAUGAUUCAUACUUUGGAAAAAUUCUUCCAAUUCUGAGCAGGGUAUUAUGACAUGAAAAAUUAUUUUAGAAUGAAUAUUUUUUCAUUAAUUUUAUAUUUAAUAGCUGCAAUAAAAAUAUUUUUACUGCAGUUGUAAUCUGUAAAUUUGGAUUGUAUGUUUAUGGUAUUAAUUAAAAAGACUGGCGUAAUUACUCUAUAGUGCCUUUUACCUGUCAUAUCAGAAUAAUUAUUUUUUCUAGUCAGUCUGAUGUUUUCCCAGUUCCGUCUGGGGGAAAAAAACAGACGUGUCCCACUCACUGCAUGUAUGAUUCCUUUGGGUGCCCAUUGUUGGGGGGACAGAACGUAAAGAAGUGUGUCAAAGCAGAACAAAUCUUCACAUAAAAUAUUCUGACUGUAGAAAGCAAAUGUCAGCAUGAAACAAUACAAAAUCCUGGAAAUUUCAGGCAAUUUGGA